GCCACAAGAAUCUCUAGUUAGUGCUUAAGACUGCCAGGGAGCAAUUCUAGAGUAGUUCGAACGACUCGAAGCGCGCUGUACUUCGAUACACCGCCUCAGUGUGCAUACGAAAAAGUGAAGUGGGUGAAGUGACCGUGGUGAAGUGUCUUUUCUUCAUCUACAUCAGAGAAGGCUAAGUAAAUCGUCCAUGUUGCCGGGAUAAAAAAUAAAAAUGGGGGUGGCAGAAGAUUUCGCUCCCAGUUUUACUCAGAAGCCGCAGCUUCGGCAGGAGGACGAUGGCAACAAGCUCAUCUUCGAAUGUCAGUUGCUGUCUGCACCAAAACCUGAUAUACAAUGGUUUCGCAGCGAUGAGGAAUUGCACGAGGAUACGCGAACCAAUUUCAAAAUCCAGUCGAUAGGAACCAACAAAUUCUUGGUGGUUUUAGAACUGGACGAUGUUAUCGAAACUGACGCCGGCCUUUACAAGGUCAAGGCAAAAAAUAAAAUGGGCGAAGUGGCCGCAUCAAUUAAUCUUAAUUUUAGUCCAAUGGACGAACCUAGAGAAAAACAAAUUGAUGGCCUUGCUCCAACGUUUGCAAAAAAGCCUACCAUUAGACAGGAAGAAGAUGGUAAAAGACUGCUUUUUGAAUGUCGAAUUCAAGCCGAUCCAAAACCUGUUGUCACUUGGUUUCAUAACACUAACCCUGUUAAAGAAUCUUCAAGGCACAAGUUAAGGAUAGACAAAGAUGGCCAUUCGUAUUUCGCAACUUUAGAAAUAAAGAAUGUAACUGUUGAAGAUGCUGGGAAAUACAAAGUUACUGCGAAAAACGAAUUAGGAGAAAGUAACGCGACAAUAAGUUUAAAUUUUGACAGCGACGAAGCACCAGUUCCAGAACAGGGAAUCAAACCUACGUUCACAGAAAGGCCGGUCAUAAGACAAUCGGAUGAUGGGGGAAGGAUAACGUUUGAAUGCAGAUGCGUUGGAGAUCCUCCGCCAUCUUUUACCUGGUAUCAUGGUAAUAAAGAGGUUAACGAAGGAGGUCGUUAUGCAAUGUCCGUUCACAUAGACCAAACUUUAUACUAUAUGGCGCGCUUAGAGAUCGAUAAUGUCGAAAAUAACGACAGAGGCGAAUACCGUGUUGUUGGUAAAAACAAAUACGGCUCUGGAACAUCGACUAUUAAUCUUAAUUUCGAGGGUGACGAUAAGCCAAAAAUUCCCGAUGGGAAACCGCCAAGAUUCCCUAAAAAACCGACCAUUCAUCAAGAAGGAGACGUACUCGUAAUGCAGUGUUUGUUAGAAGCAAAUCCUGCGCCCGAUAUCACUUGGUUUCAUGGAGAUAUUGUUAUUGCCGAUAGUAAACGAAUUCGUAUGUUAAGAAAAUCUACAGGGAAAGACACUUAUAUCUUAACUUUAGAAAUUACAAAUCCCACUCGCGAAGACGGUGGAAACUACCGCUGUAACGCGUUCAAUAACUUUGGUGAAAGUAAUGCCAAUAUUUCUCUCAACUUCCAAGGCGGAGAGGAUGCCGCAGGAUUUGCGCCCUCUUUCACCGAAAAACCCAAAAUUAUACCUAACGACGACGGCACUCUUAUCACCAUGAAAUGCAAAUGCAAAGCCAAACCGAAACCCGAGGUCACUUGGUACAGAGGUACCACGGUCGUCAAAGAGUCCAAGAAAAUUGCUUUAAACGUAGUCGAUGUCGAAGAGGACGUAUAUGAACUUAUUUUAGAAAUUUCGGAUCCUACAGCACCUGACGGUGGAACCUACAGGUGCCACGUCAAGAACGAAUAUGGAGAGAGCAAUGCCAAUUUGAAUCUAAACAUAGAAGCUGAACCGGAACCAGAAGGGGAAGGACCUACUUUUGUCGAAAAACCCAGAAUUACCUCACACCAAGGAGGAAAACUAGUCAUAAUGGAUUGUAAAGUCCGCGCUGACCCUAAACCUACCAUAGUAUGGUAUAGAGAGGGCAAGGAAGUUAAAGAAUCGAGCAAAAUAAAGAUAUCUGUCGAACAAGUCGAAGAAUCUGUUUACUACAUCAAACUCGAAUUGAGCGAUCCAGGAAUCGACGAUUCCGGAUUGUACAAAUGUAACAUAAAGAACGAACUCGGCGAACUAAACGCCAAUCUCACAUUAAACAUUGAAAUUAUACCUGUAAUCAAAGAAAAACCGAGAGUGACUAAGAUAAUCAAGAAACGAGUUAUUAUCGUAGAAUGUAAAGUUCAGAGCAAAUUUGCUCCAGAUUGCACUUGGUUCAAAGAGGAGGAAGUCAUUAAUGAAGGAUCAAGACACAAAGUUCAAGUCGAUCAAGUCAAUGACGGUGAAUUCAACGUCAAAUUGGAAAUAUCCGAUGUCAAGAAAGAGGAUAAAGGUUUUUACAAACUCGUCGCCCGAAACGAAAAGGGUGAAGCUACAUCACAGAGCGUUGAAGUCACCGAACUUCCCCCCGAAGAAAAACCGAAAGGAGAAAAACCCAAAAUCAGCAAACUCACAAAUGUCACAAUCGAAGAAGGAAAAUCUGUCAGUUUUAUUACUUCUUUGCAAACAUUCGACCAGACAUGUAUCGUAACAUGGUACCAAAAUAACACGGUCAUUAAGGAAUCGAGCGAUUUUAAGAUGACCUUUGACGGCACUACUGCCCAUCUUUAUAUACAAAAGUGUCAAAAAUCAUUGAAAGGUACUUACAAAGUUGUUGUCAAAAACGAAUUUGGAGAAGCCGAAACGUCAGCUUUGCUGGAAGUAAUAGAAAAGAAAGAAGAAGAAAAAGUGGAAGAAAUCGUCGAAGAGAAGAAGAAACAAGUGAAAAAGAAGGAAGAAGAGAAAAAGAAGGAGGAAGAGAAAAAGAAAGAGGAAGUGACCCAAAAGAAGACUGAAGAGAAGAAAGAGACCGAAGCGAAGGUAACUUGUAUUGAAAAGACAAAGGUCAAAAAGACAGAAGAAAAGCACGUGGAAGAAAAGAAAGACGUAAAAACAACAGUGGAGAAAAAGGAAACCAAAGUUGAAUCGCGAAGAAGUUCCGUGGUAAAAACCGAAGAAAAGAUAAUUCAGGAUGGAGGAAGUAAAGCAGGAAGUAGGAGAUCCUCUACAGUUCAAGAAAUACAGGAAGAAACGACUACAGUACAAAGUAGACGCACUUCUGUGUCAGAUGAAAAGAAAAAGGGCGUUCCAGAAAAGAAACCCCUUAAAUCCACUCCUGAAGUGCCACAAACACCUGCAGAUGAAACAAACAAUAUUGAUGUCGCAAAAACACGUAAGAAGUCAUUACUCGAUAAACCUACUGACGAAUUAAAACCAAAAGGUACAGAAACUCGUAAGAAGUCUCUAAUUACCGACGAAACAAAAACGAAAACGGUAACUACUAAAAAGACAGAAGAGAAACCUGUUGAAAAAGAACCGUCACCCAAAGCUAAAGAACCAGAACCAAAAGCUAAGGAACCAGAACCGAAAGCUAAGGAACCGGAACCGAAAGCUAAAGCACCGGAACCGAAAGCUAAAGAACCAGAACCUAAGAAACAGGAACCCGUAAAGAAACCGGAGCCGGAACCCGUAAAGAAACCUGAACCCGAACCCGUAAAGAAACCUGAACCCGUAAAGAAACCGGAACCUAAAAAGCCGGAAACAGUAAAGAAACCUGAACCCGAACCGGUAAAGAAAUCUGAACCGGAACCUGUUAAAAAACCGUCCGUUUCUGAAGUACCCGAAGUAGAAUCCCUUAAAAAACUUACACCAGUAGAUAAAUCAGAAGCAACCGCUAAAAAAACUGAAACACCACAACAAAAAGCAUCAACAGAAAGAACCCCUAAAAUUGUUGUACCCCAGGAAAAAGAAAAGAACGAAGGGCCAGAAUCGGUGAAACUAAAGCCAAACGUGGAUGAUAAUACACAAGAUAAGCGUUUCGCCCCUCGAAAAUCAAUCAAAGCAGAAAGCUUUAUAGGCAUACAACUAAAACCCGUGGUAAAGGAACAAAAACAAGUACAACAAGCCCAUCUUGAAUUAGUAGAUUUAAAGAAAACAACAUUAAAGAAAGCAUCGGAAGCUACAAAGUCGAAAACGACGACAAAAAAAGAAAGCGGAAAAGAACCGUGGGAAGAAAUCCCGGAUUAUGAGCGCCCGGAACUCGAGAAAUUCGAAAAACAUCCUCCCGUAGAUUUCAGAGGAAUCGAAAAAACACAACUCUCGAAGGACAAACCGAGUCUUCCAGAAAUUAAAAAACCCGAAGCGCCUAAAAUCGAAGUUAUCAGGGAAAAGAGCCCGCAGCCUGACUCUAGAAAAGGUUCGCUAGCACCGGGAGCUGUACCGUUACUAGGACGAAGAGGAUCUUUGAUCCCUCCCGAAGAGAUAGGUCGCAGAGCCAGCAUUAUCAUUGCCGACGAGGAUAACAGGAAGUUGCGUCCUGGGGAGGUUUUGGACGACAAAAAGCAAAGAGGUCGGCGACCGGGUGAAAUUCAAGACAACGAUAAGAGCCGUCGACGUAGUACAGACGUGCGUAGACCAAGUCUUGCCGAGCUGGAGGACAAACCAUCGACGCCGCUAAAGCCCACCGGAUCCGGUGGGCCACCGACCAUCAUAGAUGUUCUUGAAAGCUAUUCAGCCGUUGAAUCGGAAACGGGAUACAUAACAGUAGGGGUUGAAGGAAAUCCAGCCCCUACAUUUAAAUUCUACAAGGGUAUGACAGAAAUUAUCGAAGGAGGUCGAUUCAAAUAUAUAACCGAUGGUGAAACCAACACUAUCACAUUAUGUAUCAGAAAAGUAAAACCAAACGAUGAAGGACAAUACCGAUGCGUGGUGUCCAACAUUCACGGCGAAGACACCGCCGAGAUGAUGCUAUACGUUUCUGACUCCAGCGGCAUGGACUUCAGAGCAAUGCUGAAAAAACGACGGUACGCCAAAUGGGACAAAGAUAAGGGCGAUCCUGACUGGGGUGAACUUAAAGAAGUCGAGAAAGAAUUACCGCAACUCAAGAAAGUUGAAAAGAAACAAGAAACAUUUUUGAAACCGCUUAUAGAUCAAUUUGCGAAAGAAGGACGAGACAAGAAGGUCGUAUUCGAGGCUGGAUUCUCUAAGCCAAACUGCAAACCAAAAUGGUUAUUCAGAAAAGAUGAACUAUUCCCUGGAAGCAAAUACAAGAUCAAAAAUGAAGGAGAUCUGUAUCAGCUUAUCAUCAACAAUCCAAAAGUGGAAGACACGGGAAAAUACACGAUAGAAAUAGGAGGGGUUUCAUGUACCGGUUUUUUGACAGUAGAAGAGCCUGAUCCAUCCUAUGCGUUCACGAAACAACUGAAGAAAAGCUACAGCGGUUAUACAAAACACGAAGUUACCAUGGAAUGUCAAGUAAACAACAGCCUUGCCAUUGUUGGAUGGUACAAAGACAAAACCAAGUUGGAAGAAAGCGACAAAUAUAGCAUCUCAAAAGACUUAUCUGGAAAUUGUCGCUUAGUAAUCCACGAUUGCGUCUUCGAAGAUGCCGGCGAAUAUUCAUGCAAAUUGGAAAAACAAACAGAACGAACACAGACAACUGUUAAAAUAGUUGAGUACCCUUACAAAUUCGUCAAAGUAUUGAAACAUCAACAAGUCGUAGAAAAAGAAGAUAUUGUGCUAGCUUGCGAACUAGAUGAUGCAAGUGGCGAUGUCAAAUGGUUUAAGGGAGACCAGGAAAUUAAGCCCAAAGAAGAUAAAAGAUUCAAAAUUACAAAAGAUGGCCGUAAGCGGAAAUUGGUCAUAAAAGAUGCCAAAAUUACGGAUGCGGGAAUGUACUCCUGCGUCACCAAUGCUGACAAAACUGAAGCAGAAAUUGUGGUCAACUAUCUUAAUCGCUUCAAUAAGAAACUUAAAGAUACCGAUGCGAUUGAAAGGGACAGACUUGUUCUCGAAGUGGAACUUCAAGAUCAAACAGCUCCAGCCGAUUGGAAGUUUAACGGAAACCCCAUCGAAACUUCUGACAGGGUGGAAAUUAAAAACCUGGGCGGUGGCAAACAUCAGUUAAUAUUUAAUAAACUGGAAUUAACCGAUACUGGUGAAAUUACUUGCGAAUCCGGAAAACUCAGUUCUACCAUGGCUCUCACAGUCAAAAAAGGAGAAACGAAACCGAUUAUAGAUUGUCCCGAUACGUUCGAAGGGCCAAUUGAUAAACCACUCAUCGUAGAGGUUCCUUACAAAAUUGAUGGAACCAAAACAACGCCUAUAGAAGCUAAACUGGUUAAGGAUGGAAAGCCCUUGCCUGCUAAAGAUUGUGAAGUGGUCGUUGGUCAGGACAAAAUCACCUUCAAAAUUAAGAAGCCAGCCAGAGAGUUGUCUGGUCCAUACCAAAUUAAACUGGCAAAUAGCCAAGGCGAAAGUGUGAAGGAUGUCAAAAUUAUUAUGCAAGACGUGCCAUCACCACCGCAAGAUGUCAAUGUCAAAGACGUUUAUCAGAAUUCCUGCGUUGUGGAAUGGAAACCGCCAAAAGACGAUGGCGGAUCACCUCUUCAACAUUAUGUGAUUGAAAGAUUAGAUAUGAGCUUGAAAUCUGGUUGGGAUAACGUGGGGGAAGUGCCCGUUGGCAAACCGACGUCAUUUAAAGUAGAGAAUUUGGUACCGAAAAAGCAGUACAAAUUCAGAAUUCGUGCCGUCAAUAAAUUGGGAAGCAGUGAACCUGCCUUGUUUGGAAGUGCAGUCCUUGCCAAGGAUCCCUGGGAUGAACCAGGUAAACCUAAGAAUGUUGAAGUUACUGAUUGGGAUAAAGACCAUGCAGACCUUAAGUGGGAUAAACCUGACAGUGAUGGCGGCGCGCCAAUUACUGGAUACGUAAUUGAAUUAAAAGACAAAUUCGGAACGGACUGGACUAAAGCUCUAGAGGUUCCUGCCGAUAAAUUCUCAGCAACGGUUCCUGGAUUGAAAGAAAAUAACCAGUACGAAUUCCGUAUAAGAGCCGUGAAUAAGGGUGGCCAGGGAGAACCUAGUGACGCUACGAAACCAAUUAUCGCAAAGAGCCGUUUCGUAAAACCAUACAUCAUCGGAGAUGACCUUAUCAAUCUUAUUAUCAAAAAAGGACAAACAAUAAAGUACGACAUUAAAUACGGAGGUGAACCUGAACCUGAGGUUGUUUGGAAGAGGGACAAAACAGAAUUGGCAGAGGAUUCAGAACAGAGAAUAACAAUUGACAAAUAUGAGAAAAAUACUGUUCUCACAGUACGUCGUGCUGUUAGGGGAGACAGUGGCAAAUAUACGCUUAUAUUGAAGAACAGUUCUGGAGUUUGCGAAAAAUCUGCCGAUGUUGUUGUACUAGACAAACCUACGCCUCCUAAGGGUCCUCUUAAAGCGGACGAGGUCCGUGCCGACCAUGUAACCGUUUCGUGGAAGAAGCCGGACGAUUUUGGCGGUUCCGAUCUAGAAGGUUACGUGUUGGAAAAGAUGGAUAUGGACACAGGACGUUGGGUUCCGGCCGGAGAAGUCGGACCGAACGACGAGAAAUUUACAUUCAAGAAUCUGACCCCUAAGAAAAAAUACAAAUUUAGAGUCAAAGCUAAAAACAAGGAAGGUGAAUCGGAACCUUUAGAAAUCGAUGAGCCGAUCAUUGCUAAGAAUCCUUACGAUGAACCAGGUCGUCCUGGCAAACCAGAUAUUAUUGAUUACGAUAAUAAAAGCGUCACUCUCAAAUGGGCUCCUCCCGAAAGUGACGGAGGCCGCCCAAUUUUACAUUACGUUAUUGAAAUCAAAGAUAAAUUUGCCGCAGACUGGACGGAAAUAACUAAAACAAAGGACAGUACUCCUGAAGGAAAGGUUGAAGGUUUAAAGGAAAAAAUGGUAUACCAAUUCAGGAUAAUAGCGGUUAACAAGGCAGGAAAGAGUGAACCUUCAGAGCCAACAGACAAUCACAUUUGCAAACACAGAAACCUAAAACCACGCAUCGAACGUGAAACGUUCAAAUCCAUUAUAAUAAAAGCUGGUCGGACCCACAAGUGGUCCGUCGACAUAACUGGUGAACCUCCACCAACGGUUAAAUGGAUUUGGCGUGACGAUAUACCACUUACUAAUUCCGAUCGCAUAAAAAUUGAAAAUGUAGACUAUCACACUGACUUUACUCUCAUAAACGCGCAACGCAAAGACACUGGAAAAUACACACUGAUUGCCGAAAAUUGCAACGGAAAAGACACUGAGACCGUUGAACUGACGGUUUUGGGAAAACCAGGCAGUCCGGAAGGUCCUCUCGAGAUAUCUGGUGUGACAGACACGAAAGCUAAAGUAGCUUGGAAAAAACCAUUGGACGACGGUGGAUCUCCUAUUAAGGAAUACGAGAUCGAGAAAUUGGACCUUGCCACUGGCAAAUGGGUCCGUGUUGGAAAGGUCCCUGGUGACAUUGAUAAACCAGAGUUCGAAAUAACCGGAUUAAACCCGGGUUCCGAAUAUAAAUUCAGAGUAACUGCUAUCAACAACGAGGGAGAUUCUGAGCCACUAGAAUCCGAUAGGAGCAUAAUUGCAAAGAAUCCAUACGACGAGCCGCUGAAACCUGGAACGCCCGAAAUUGUGGACUACGACAACAAGGGAGUCGAUCUGAAAUGGACUCCACCCCAGAGCGACGGUGGAGCUCCUAUUGAAAAAUACAUUAUCGAAAAGAAAGAUAGAUAUAAACCAGACUGGGAGAAGGCCAUCGAAGUUCCAGGAAAUCAACUGGAAGCCAGAGUAGAGGAUCUGAAAGAACGCGGAGAGUACCAAUUCCGAGUAAUUGCUGUUAACAAAGCCGGCCCUUCGCCACCUUCGGACGCCUCUAAAUUGCAGAUAAUCAAACACAGAGCACUGAAGCCAAGAAUUGACCGCACAAAUUUGAAGCCUAUUAUUGUCCGAGCGGGCAAACCUAUAAAGUAUGACGUAAAUGUCAGGGGAGAACCACCACCGACGAUUACAUGGUACCAUGUUGAAAAAGAACUUAAAUCCGAAGACAAUAUUGAAAUUAUCAAUGUUGAUUAUAAUACCAAAUUAAAUAUAACUAAUUCCGUCCGCAAAAAUACUGGAGUAUAUAAAAUAAAGGCAGUAAACGAACACGGUGAAGACGAGGCAGAGGUUGAAGUUACAGUUCUUUCUUCGCCUUCUAAACCGAAGGGACCUUUGAAGGUAUCUGACGUAACUAAAAAUGGAUGCAAACUCAAAUGGGACAAGCCAGAGGAUGACGGUGGCAAGCCCAUUUCAGCGUACGUUGUCGAAAAACUUGAUAAAAAUACAGGCCGUUGGGUUCCUGUCGGUAGAACCACGGAACCUGAAAUGGAUGUUAAAGGACUUCAAGAAGGUCACGAAUAUCAAUUCAGAGUCAAGGCUGUUAAUGAAGAAGGGGAAUCCGAACCCCUAGAAUCUGACGGAACAAUUGUUGCCAAAAAUCCUUACGAUAUACCAGGCAAACCUGGUACCCCCGAGAUUGUCGACUGGGGUCCAAAUCAUGUAAACCUAAAAUGGACCGCCCCCAAGAGUACCGGUGGCGCGCCAAUUACUGGAUACGUCAUUGAAAAGAAAGAAAAAUUCUCCACCACCUGGGAUGAAAUUCACAGUACUGAUACUCCCGAUACUGAAGCUACAGUACCUGGUCUUAAAGAAGGUAACACAUAUCAGUUCCGAGUGAGGGCAGUGAAUAAGGCUGGACCUGGAGAACCAUCGGACGCAACAGGGCAACACGUAGCCAAACAUAGACAUCUGAAACCGUUGAUUAACCGCGACAAACUGCAUACCGUCAAAGUUAGGGCAGGACAAAUUGUCAAAUUCGAUGUGGAUGUUAAAGGAGAACCACCACCAACCAUCACAUGGAGUUUUGCUGGCAAACCUUUGGAACAAGGACCAAGUACCAAGAUAGAAAACGAAGACUACAAUACUAAAUUAACACUAACUAAUACUACUCGCAAAAACACAGGCACAUACACUAUUAGAGCUGAAAAUGAUUCUGGUUUCGACGAAGCUCCCGUUGAAGUCAUAGUGCUUGAUAAACCUGGCAAACCUGAAGGACCACUUCAAGUAAGCGACGUUCAUAAAGAAGGAUGCAAACUCAAAUGGGACAAACCCAAAGAUGAUGGCGGUUUACCAAUUUCCGGUUACGUAAUUGAAAAACAAGAUGAAGCAACUGGCAGAUGGUUACCUGCAGGAUUUGUAGAACCCGACAAAACUUUCGCCGAUAUCACCGGUCUCGAACCCAAUCACAAGUACAACUUCCGAGUAAAAGCUGUAAAUGAAGAAGGAGAAUCUGAACCACUGGAAACUGAUGCGUCUAUCGUUGCAAAGAACCCAUAUGAUAUUCCUGCUCCACCUGGUCUUCCAGAGAUCAUCGAUUAUGACGAACAUUCAGUUAAACUUAAAUGGGAAGCGCCAAUCAGAGAUGGUGGUGCUCCAAUUACUGGUUACAUACUUGAAGUUAUGGACAAAUUUACCGGCCAAUUUGUUAAAGCUGCAGAAGUUGGUCCAACAACGCAAGGAACUAUACCCAAAUUAGAGGAAGGAAAUCAGUACAAAUUUCGCGUGCGUGCCGUUAAUAAAGCCGGACAAUCUGAACCAUCAGAGCAAACUAACUGGCAUACUGCCAAACCUAGAUUCUUAAAACCUUUGAUCGACAGAAAGAACUUGAAGCCACUAACUGUAAAAGCAGGUUUGGUAAUCAGUUUAGACGUUGACGUAAAAGGCGAACCUCCACCAACUGUAACGUGGUAUUUCGAGGGCAAAGAGAUUGUAUCGAGCGAGGAAAUCAAAAUCGAUAAUAUCGAUUAUAAUACCAAAUUCUUCGUUUCACGCGCUAAACGGGUACAAUCUGGAAAAUAUACCAUAACUGCCAAAAACUCAGUGGGCGAAGAUACCGCCGACAUUGAUAUUUUAGUUCUUGGCAAACCUUCUAAUCCACAGGGUCCACUAGAUGUAUCUGAUGUGCAUAAACACGGCUGUAAACUUAAAUGGAAGAAACCCGAAGAUGACGGAGGCACUCCGAUAGAAUAUUACGAAAUAGAAAAACUUGAUCCUCUUACAGGACAAUGGGUUCCUUGUGCCAGAAGUACCGAACCAGAGGCCAACAUCACAGGUCUCCAGGAAGGAAAGCCCUAUAAAUUUAGAGUGAAGGCGGUCAACAAGGAAGGUGAAUCUGAUGCAUUAGAAACAGAUAAACCAAUUGUGGCCAAGAAUCCAUUUGACGAACCAGGAAAACCAGGUCGUCCAGAAAUCAAAGACUGGGACAAAGAUUUCGUUGAACUGCAAUGGACUCCGCCAAGUGACGAUGGUGGUGCACCGAUUGAAAAGUAUAUCAUCCAAAAGAGAGAUAAAGCAAGUCGUGGUUGGGUUGAUGCAGCUGUUGUACCUGGUAAUAAGACAAAUGGAAGAGUGGACGACGUAGAUGAGGGUCAUGAAUAUGAAUUCCGCAUUGUCGCUGUCAACAAAGCUGGUCCUAGUGAACCCAGCGAUGCAUCUAAAUCCGUUAUUGCUAAACCCCGAAAAUUGGCACCCAGAAUUGAUCGCAAAAAUCUACAGAAGAAGGUAUUGCGUACAGGACAACUGUUGCGAAUGGAGGCUGAUGUUACUGGAGAGCCUGCUCCCACGGUAACAUGGACCAUUAAUGAAGAAACUUUAAGAAACACUGACCGCCUAAAAAUUGAAAACGAGGAAUACAAAACUACAUUUGUUUUACAAAAGGCGCAAAGAACUGAUACUGGAACUUACACGGUCACCGCCAGAAAUGAACACGGUGUAGAUUCCGUCGAUGUAGAGAUCCAAGUUCUCAGCAAACCUUCUAAGCCGAAAGGACCUCUUAAAGUAUCAGACGUCACAGCUGAAGGAUGUAAACUAAAAUGGGAGCCUCCGGAAGAUGACGGUGGCGAACCGGUUACCGGUUAUGUUGUAGAGAGAAUGGAUGUAGAAACCGGUAGAUGGGUCCCCGUGGCAACAACUAAAACUCCAGAAGCAGAUGUAAGUGGAUUAACUGAAGGAAAGGACUACCAAUUCCGCGUAAAAGCUGUAAACUCAGAAGGUGAAUCUGAACCUUUAGUCACCGAUGUUCCGACAACAGCUAAGAAUCCGUACACUGAACCAGACACGCCUGGUAAACCAGAAGUUAAAGACUGGGACAAAAAGCACGCUGAUCUUAAAUGGACGGCACCCAAGAGCGACGGAGGAGCUCCUAUAGAAAAAUACAUCAUUGAAAAGAAAGAGCCGCUCAGCGGCAAAUGGGUAAAAGCGGUGGAGGUGCCGGGAAAUAAAACCGAAGCUAAAGUUCCCGAUCUAAUUGAAGGUCAAAAGUAUCAGUUUAGAGUGAAAGCCGUAAAUAAAGGUGGUCAAAGUAAGCCAUCGCAACCAUCCGACACAAUCACCGCUAAAGACAGAUUUGUUCCCCCGAAAAUUGAUAGGACAACAUUGAGGGACAUUGUGGUUAAAGCCGGACAACAUAUCCGUUUAGACGUAAAAGUAACUGGCGAAGAGCCUCCAAGUAAGGUGUGGUUCUUGAAUAAAGCCCGUAUCGAAAAUAGAGACGAUAUUACCGUUGAAACAGAAGACUACAGAACUAAGUUAGUCGUAGGAAUUGCACAGCGCAGUCAUUCUGGAACAUUAGUACUCAAGGCUGAGAAUGCCAGUGGUAAAGAUGAGGCCAGCAUUACAAUAAAAGUUCUAGACAAACCUGGUAAACCAGAAGGACCUCUAAGGAUAAGCGAUGUACACAAAGAGGGUUGUACACUUAAGUGGAAAGAACCCGAAGACGAUGGAGGAGUUCCAUUGGAAGGAUACCUAGUUGAAAAACUAGAUUUAGACUCUGGCCGCUGGAUUCCAGCAGGGCGAACAAGAGAUACAAAGAUUGACCUCAAUAAUCUUGAACCUGGACAAGAAUAUAAAUUUAGAGUUUCUGCGGUCAACUCCGAAGGCGUAUCAGAACCUUUGGAAGCAUCAGAAUCAAUAGUUGCCAAAAAUCCAUUUGACGAACCUGGGCCGCCAGGAACACCUGAAGUUACUGACUGGGAUAAAGAUCAUGUUGAUUUGAAAUGGACACCACCAAUUAAAGACGGUGGUUCUCCGAUUACCGGUUACAUUAUCGAAAAACGAGAGAAAGGUUCUCCCAAGUGGACUAAAGCCGCAGAAGUUGGUCCUCACGAGACCAAAGGUACUGCUGAUAAUUUGGACGAAGGUGUUGAAUAUGAAUUCAGGGUUCGUGCUGUUAAUGCAGCAGGACCUGGAGAACCAAGUCAAGCUUCUAAAUCAGUUAUCACUAAACCGCGUAAACUUCCUCCUAAGAUCGAUCGUCGCAAUUUACGAGAUCUCACUGUCAAAGAAGGAGAGCCAAUCUACAUUGACGUUAAGAUUAGUGGAGAACCUCCACCAGAAGUAACGUGGUAUGUCGACAACAAACUUUUCACCGACAGCAAAAAUCGACGAGUUGAAAAUGUACCUUACAAUUCCAAACUGUUUAAUGAUAAACCUGAGAGAAAGGAUACCGGCGUUUACAAAAUCACGGCUACAAAUAAAUACGGUUCCGAUACGGCCGAAAUUGAAAUUACAGUGAUAUCUAAACCAGGACAACCUGAAGGACCGCUAGAAGUGUCCGACGUCCACAAAGACGGAUGUACAUUGAAGUGGAAGAAGCCUAAAGAUGACGGAGGUGAACCAAUAGAAGGAUAUGUUAUCGAGAAAUUCGAUCCUGAAACAGGAGUAUGGUUACCUGUUACUAAAACAACUGGUCCUACACCCGAAGCUAAAGUAGAUGGUCUUAUUCCCGGCCACGAAUACAAAUUUAGAGUAAAGGCAGUUAACAAAGAAGGGGAAUCCGAACCUUUAGAAACAUUUGGAACCAUUACCGCCAAAGAUCCUUUCACAACACCUGGCAAACCUGGUGCACCAGAGCCGGAAGACUGGAGUGCAACACAUGUUGAUCUCAAAUGGGCAGAACCUAUUUCAGACGGAGGUUCUCCCAUUACCGGUUAUAUAAUAGAAAAGAAGGAUAAAUACAGUCCUCUAUGGGAGAAAGCAUUAGAAACUACAUCUCCUACUCCAACAGCUACUAUUGGAGGACUUAUCGAAGGAAAUGAAUAUCAGUUCCGUGUAAUUGCAGUUAACAAAGCGGGACAGAGUGAGCCUUCCGAAGCUGGCAAAUCAUUCAUUGCUAAACCGCGAUAUCUCGCUCCUAAGAUCGACCGAAGAUAUCUGCACGAUAUUACUCUAUCAGCGGGUUCAACCCUGAAAUAUGAGGCUAAUAUCAUUGGCGAACCUCCACCAACCGUAGACUGGCGAUUUAACGGAAGUACGUUGAAAGAUAGCAACAAAGUUACUAUCAACAAUGUUGACUAUCACACGAAGAUUUCAAUAAGAAACGUAAAACGGGAAGAUACAGGAGAAUAUACUGUAAUAGCAACAAACAGCUCUGGAAAGGACCAGGUAUCUCUAAAUGUUACCGUUACUGACAAGCCUGCUGCUCCCGAAGGUCCAUUACAAGUUAACGAUGUACACAAAGAAGGAUGUAAACUUAAAUGGAAGCGUCCCAAAGACGAUGGAGGUACCCCCAUCGAAUAUUAUCAAGUCGAGAAAAUGGACACAGAAACAGGCGCUUGGGUUCCUUGUGCAAGAUCUACUGAACCUAAUGCGGAAGUGACUGGUUUGACCCCUGGAAAAGAAUACAAAUUUAGAGUUUCUGCAGUUAAUGCAGAAGGCGAGUCUAAGCCUCUUGAAGCUGAAACAGCAAUAGUGGCCAAAAAUCCAUUCGAUGAACCAGGAGCUCCUGGCAAUCUUAAAGCUACAGACUGGGAUAAAGACCACGUUGAUCUCGCUUGGACUCCUCCUAAAGAAGAUGGUGGUUCUCCAGUAACAGGUUACAUCGUUGAAAAGAAAGACAAAUUCGGCGAUUGGGAAAAAGCAGUUGAAGUGCCAGCUGGUCAACUGAAAGCAACCGUUCCAGACUUAAUAGAAGGUCAACCCUACCAGUUUCGAGUGCGUGCAGUAAAUGCUGCCGGGCCUGGCGAACCAAGCAACGAAACACCUACUAUUAUUGCUAAACCUCGCAAUUUGGCACCUAAAAUUGAUAGGACUAAUCUUAUCGAGAUACGCAUUAAAGCAGGUCAAAAUUUCAGCUACGACGUUAAAGUAACAGGUGAACCUAUGCCCGAAACUAAAUGGCUGAUCAAAGGAAGAGAACUGAGAAAUACCGAUAAAAUAAAAAUUCAGCAUUCUGAUUAUAACACAAAGAUCUCAGUUAAAAAUGCCACGCGAGCUGAAGCCGGUACAUACACUGUAACGGCAGAAAACAUAAACGGAAAAGACAUUGCUGACGUUGAAGUUAUUGUUUUGGAUGUUCCAAGUCCACCUGGUGGACCUUUGAAAGUUUCGGACGUUCACGCUAACGGAGCCAAGCUUAGCUGGAGACCACCAUCGGACGAUGGUGGAAAUCCCGUUGAAAAAUAUGUCGUUGAGAAAAUGGACGAGGCUACUGGACGUUGGGUUCCCGCUGGAGAAACUGAUGGUCCACAAACUUCCCUUGCCAUCGACGGUCUUACACCAGGAAAGAAAUACAAAUUCAGAGUACGAGCUGUCAAUAAGCAAGGAAAAUCUGAACCAUUACAAACAAGUCAAGCUAUUGAAGCUAAAAAUCCAUUUGACGAACCUGGUAAACCAGGGGUUCCUGAAAUUACUGAUUACGAUACCGACUUUGUCGAAUUAAAAUGGGCUAAACCCGAAAAUGACGGGGGAUCGCCGAUUACUGGAUAUAUUAUUGAAAAGAGAGAUAAAUUUAAUCCAAAUUGGGAAAAAUGUGCCGAAGUAGAAGGUGACGUACCAACUGGAAAAGUUAAAGACUUGAUUGAAGGAACACCUUACGAAUUCAGAAUAAGAGCAGUCAACAAAGCGGGUCCUGGUGAACCAAGUAGUGCAUCCAAGAUACACGUUGCCAGGCCUAAGAACCUCGCCCCGAAAAUUGACAGAAACGCAUUACUCAACAUUAAAGUUCGUGUUGGCCAAUCGUUCGAAUUCAACGUCCCUGUUAUCGGCGAACCGCCUCCAUCUAAAGAAUGGGAACUUAAAGGAAACGUUAUCUUUAAUGAUGAACGAAUUAAAAUUAUAAACGAAGAUUACAAUACAAAAUUACGCGUAAUCGAUGCUAAACGCUCAGAUAGUGGAACCUACCAACUUACAGCUAAGAAUAUUAACGGAAAAGAUGUUGCCACCGUAAAUGUUACCGUUUUAGACGUGCCAACACCACCCGAAGGACCUCUCAGAGCCGACAAUGUUACGAAGAGCUCCCUAAGAUUAUCUUGGAAACCACCAAAAGAUGAUGGCGGUUCAGAAAUCACUCAUUACGUUGUUGAAAAAAUGGACGCCGAAAAUAUGAGAUGGGUUCCAGUUGGAGAAUCAGUUGAGCCAACAAUAAGAGUUGAUCAUUUAGCGGAAGGUCAUGAUUAUAACUUCCGAGUAUGUGCUGUCAAUCGUCAAGGAGAAUCUGCUCCUCUUACAACGAGAGAAGCAAUCACCGCGAAAGAUCCCUUCACUAGACCAGACAAACCUGGAGUUCCCAAAGCUACAGACUGGGAUAAAGAUCAUGUUGAUUUGGAAUGGACUCCACCAAAGAAAGAUGGCGGAGCACCAAUUACUGGAUACAUUAUCGAAAAGAGACCAAAGAACGGAACUUGGGAAAGAGCCAUCGAAGUACCAGGGGAUAAAACGAGCGCUACGGUGCCUAAUUUGAGAGAAGGUGAAGAAUAUGAAUUCAGAGUAAUCGCUGUCAAUAAAGGAGGAAACUCCGAACCCAGCGAAGCUUCGUUGCCUGUCAUUGCUAAACCACGAUUCUUGGCACCUACAUUCGACAAAACUCUUCUACACGAUCUUAUUGUAAAAGCCGGUAAUCGCAUCAGUUACGAAAUACCGAUUGAAGCAUCGCCAAAACCAACAGCCAAAUGGUCUGUCAACGGAAAAGAAAUCCAACCAAGUGACAGAGUUGACAUGCAAGUUUUCAACAACAGGGUUUGCUUUGAAAUACCAUUUUCAGUUAGGGCAGACUCUGGCAGAUACACACUUACUUUAACGAACGAUCACGGUUCAAUUUCAGCAUCUGCUAAUGUUACUGUGAUAGAUCGUCCAGGCCAACCACAACCUCCAUUAGAUGUGGGUAGUGUCACAAAAGAAAGCGCCAGAAUAUCCUGGAAGCCUCCUCUCGAUGAUGGCGGUUCUCCCAUUUUACAUUACAUCGUUGAAAAAAUGGAUGUAUCUCGAGGUACAUGGUCAGACGCAGGCAUGUCUGCAAUCUGUGUUCACGACAUUCAACGUUUGAUUCAUAAGAAAGAGUAUUUCUUCCGAGUUAAAGCAGUUAAUUCGGUGGGAGAAUCAGAGCCUCUUGAAACAACUAAAGGAAUCAUAGCCAAGAACGAAUUCGACGAGCCUGAAGCUCCUGGAAAACCGCAAGUGACCGACUGGGACAAAGAUCACGUUGAUUUAGAAUGGGAGGCUCCGAAGAGCGACGGUGGAUCUCCCAUCACCGGUUACAUAAUUCAAAAGAAGGAAAAAGGUAGUCCUUACUGGGUUAAUGCUGCACAAGUAUCUCCCAGAAAAACAAGCGCACGGGUACCCGAUUUAGUUGAAGGACAAGAGUACGAAUUCAGAAUUAUUGCUACAAAUAAUGCUGGCCAAAGUGAACCUUCAGAACCAUCAGACUUGGUUACAGCCAAAGCCAGAUUCCUGGCUCCUAAAAUCAAAACUCCACUUAAUGACAUUCGCAUUAAAGCUGGUCUUAUUCUUCACGUCGAUAUUGAUUUCAUUGGAGAACCAACUCCAGACGUAACAUGGACUGUCGAUGGAAAAUCUUUAACACCGGACUCGCGCACAACGGUAACCUCUAUAGGGCACCACACUGUUGUCCACACGGUAAACGCUAAGAGGACAGAUAGCGGAGUUUACAAAUUACAUUUGAAAAAUUCAUCAGGAACGGAUGAAGGGUCAUUCCAAGUUAUAGUUCUUGAUCGUCCUGGACCACCACAAGGUCCUUUGGAAUACGAGGAAGUCACAGCCCAAAGUGUUACGCUUUCAUGGAAAGCACCGAAAGAUAAUGGAGGCAGCGAAAUUACGGGAUACGUUAUUGAAAAGCGCGACUUAACGCAUGGAGGAGGAUGGGUCCCCGCAGUGACUUACGUAAGUCCGAAGAAUACUCACGCGGUCGUUCCCAGAUUACUUGAAGGAACAAAAUACGAGUUCAGGGUCUUUGCAGAAAAUCUACAGGGUCGCUCAGAUCCUCUAGAUACCGAAAAACCAGUGGUUGCUAAAAACCAAUACGAUGUCCCUGGAAAACCAGGAAAGCCACAACUGGUCGAUAGCGACAAGGACCAUAUUAAAAUUAAAUGGUCAGCACCUAUCAGCAACGGUGGUUCGCCCAUCAUUGGGUACGAUGUUGAAAGAAGAGACAGAGCAACCGGACGAUGGGUUAAACUUAACAAAGAACCCGUUAAACAUAUGGAAUAUUAUGACGAUAGGGUGCAAGAAGGUCACCAAUAUGAAUACAGAGUGUCUGCUGUUAAUGCAGCCGGACCUGGUAAACCUAGCGAUACAUCUAAUGUAUUCACAGCUAAACCGAUGAAAGAAAAACCAAAAUUGUUCUUGGAUGGAAUUAUUGGCAGAAAAAUCAAAGUUCGGGCAGGAGAACCAAUCAAUGUGGAUAUUCCCAUUGCUGGUGCUCCAACGCCGACAAUCGAAUGGACGAAAAAUGCUACGCGCCUUCCCGAAACUAACAGAAUAUCGUCUGAAACAACAAGUGAACACACAGUUUUACGAAUUGAAGCUACUACUCGUCAAGACUCGGGCAAAUAUACCGUCUUUGCUAAGAACGAGUACGGUUCUGAUCAAGGCGACAUAGAAGUAGUCGUUGUUGAUAAACCUGGAAUUCCCAGAGGUCCUCUUCAAUACACCGAAACAACACAAGAAACAGUUUCGCUAUCUUGGAAUCCACCAGAUGACGAUGGCGGCGGUGAUAUUACCGGAUAUAUAAUUGAAAUAAGUGAAUUUGGCACUGACAGUUGGCGUCCUGUCCCAGGAUUUUGUCCCAGACCAUCGUUUACAGUACGAGGACUUACAGAGGGCAAAAAAUACGUAUUCCGUGUGCGUGCGGAAAAUAUCUACGGCGUUUCCGAACCACUAGAAGGCAAACCUGUUGUUGCAAAGAGUCCAUUUGAUCCUCCAGAUGCACCUAGUCAACCAGAAGUUACCGGAUAUACUCCGUCGAGUGUGUCUUUGAAAUGGAAUCCUCCAACGUACACUGGAGGCAAGCCAAUUACUGGAUAUUAUGUAGAGAAACGAGAAAGGGGAGGCGAAUGGAUUAAGGUCAACAAUUACCCGACACCAAACACUAGUUACACCGCCCAAGACUUACGUGAAGGCGGAAAAUACGAGUUCCGUGUAAUUGCAGUGAAUGAAGCUGGACCAGGUAAACCUAGCAAACCUACCGAACCUGUUACACCACAACACCAAAGAUUCAAACCGUCUGCUCCUGAACCACCCAAGGCGGAUCGUAUUACUAAAGACAGCGUCACACUUUCGUGGAGACCGCCCAAGAGUGAUGGAGGAUCCAAGAUAAAAGGAUACAUCCUACAGAAACGUCCUAAGGGCGAUGAAAAUUGGGAAGAUGUCAAUAUUUCGCCAAUAUCAGAAAAUAUCCAUACUGUGCCUAACUUAAAAGAAGGUCAAGAGUACCAGUUCAGGGUUAUAGCUGUUAAUGACGUAGGUCCUUCUGAACCCAGUAGACCUAGCAAUAACAUAUUGAUUGAAGAACAACCGAACAAACCAUGUAUUGAUUUGGGAGCCGUUCGUGAUAUUACUGUACGAGCCGGCGAAGAUUUUAGUAUUCAUGUGCCGUAUGUCGGUUUUCCGAAACCGACUGCGACCUGGUUUGCAAACGACAAAAUUUUGGACGAAUCUGAUACAAGAGUGUUCCCACAACUGGCUGAUGACUAUGCAAGCAUUAUUGUUAAGAAUUCUAAGAGAAGCGACACUGGACAAUAUCGUCUACAACUCAAAAACCCAUCCGGUUUUGAUACGGCAACCUUAAACGUAAGAGUCUUAGAUCGUCCUGGUAAACCUGAAAACCUAAGAGCGGACGAAUUCGCUGGGGAUGCCCUUACACUAUACUGGCAGCCGCCCAAAGACAAUGGAGGUGCUGAAAUAACAAACUACAUUAUCGAGAAAAAAGAAGCUAAAUCCCAAACGUGGUCAAAAGUAAGCAGCUACGUUACUGUGCCCUUCGUUCGUAUACGCAACUUGACCCUUGGCAAAGAAUACGAAUUCAGAGUAUUUGCUGAAAAUAAAUAUGGCCAAUCAGAACCUGCCGUUACGUUAGAGCCAAUUAGAGCCCGUCAUCCAUUCGAUCCACCUGGACCACCAGGUGCUCCUAGAGGCAUUGAAACCACUGAAGAUUCAAUUACAAUCCAAUGGACAAAACCACGUCAUGAUGGAGGAUCUCCAAUAACUGGUUACGUAAUCGAAAAACGUCUUAUUUCGGAAGAUAAAUGGACAAAAGCAGCACACGCUGUUAUUCCGGAUCUCUCACACAAAGUCAUCAACUUGAUAGAAAAUCACGAAUACGAAUUCCGUGUAGCAGCUUUAAAUGCUGCAGGACAAGGUCCAUGGAGUUCUUCUUCGGACAUCAUAGUUUGUAGAGCGCCUCCAUGCGCUCCUAGAAUAACAUCAGACCUCAGCAUUCGCGACAUAGUUGUCGUAGCCGGAGAAGAAUUCUCUAUAUCAGUUCCCUAUGUGGCCACACCAAAACCUUCGGCUUCUUGGACAAUAAACGGCAACGAAGUCAUCGGAGACAAUAGGAUAAAAAUGGAAACAAACGAAAUUGCUUCCAUAUUCCACAACAAGUGUGCCAAACGCUCGGACACUGGAAGCUACACCAUUAAGCUUACUAACAAUGUAGGUUCAGAUUCAGCUUCAUGCAGAGUACAAGUGGUAGAUAAACCUCAACCACCACAAGGACCGCUCGAUGUCUCCGACAUAACACCAGACAACUGCUCACUAGCCUGGAGACCACCGCUAGAUGACGGUGGUUCACCAAUAACCAACUACAUCGUUGAGAAACUGGAUGUCAGUGGAAUUUGGGUAAAAGUUAGCAGUUUUGUUCGUAACACACAUUACGAUGUUAUGGGACUAGAACCCAACAAGCGGUACAGCUUUAGAGUUCGUGCUGAAAACCAGUAUGGCAUUAGCGAACCGCUUGAGACCUUGGAACCCAUCACCGCCAAAUUUCCAUUUACUGUACCAGAUCCUCCAGGCGCGCCACGUGUUACCGAUUGGGAUACAAGUUCAGUAUCCCUCCAAUGGACAAGACCACCUAAUGAUGGAGGUUCGCGUAUUCAAGGUUACAAAUUGGAAUAUCGUGAUAUCCACGACGCUCAUUGGUCACCCGCCAGUGACUACUUGAUCAAAGAUACCCACUUUAUACUCUACAACUUAACAAGCGGUCACGAAUACGAAUUCAGAGUUAGAGCUAAAAACGCCGCUGGUUUAAGUAAACCAUCGAGCUCCUCUUCCAAGUUCAAACUAAAGGGCAAAUAUAACGUGCCAUCGCCUCCUAACAAUCCAAAAGUUGUCAAAGUUGGACGAAAUUACGUUGAUCUAACUUGGGAACCACCGGCAAGUGAUGGCGGAUCCAAAAUAACCGGAUACAUAAUUGAAAAGAGAGAAAUCGGUAGUGCCAUGUGGACAAGGUGUAAUGAAUACAACGUUACUGACACCAACUAUACUGCCCUAAACCUAACGGAAAGAUUCGACUACGAAUUCCGUAUUUCUGCUAUCAACGCAGCUGGAAAGAGUGAGCCCAGCACAUGCACAACACCAGUCAAAGUUUGUGAAGUCGUGGGAGGUGAAAAACCUGAAUGGAUUAGAACAUUUAAUAAUCACUCGGCUCCAUUGGGAAGACCGCAUUCCAUCGAAUGUGAGGCGUCUGGAAUUCCAGUACCGACAUUCCGCUGGCUUAAGAACGGCCGGGAAAUAUCGUCUGGCGGUCGCUUUAGAAUCGAGACCAAAGGUGGAACUUGCUGGUUACAUAUAUCAGAAGUUCUUGAUAUUGACGAAGGCGAUUAUACAUGCGAAGCUAGCAACGCAGUAGGAUCUGCCCAUCAUACUGCUCGGCUCAAAAUUGGAUCUCCGCCAAGAAUUGAGCGUCUUCCUGGUGAUUUGUAUCUUCCAGAAAAUGAUAAUACCAAAAUUAAAAUCUACUACAGUGGCGAUCAGCCUCUCGACGUUACUCUGUCAAAAGACGGAAUUAAUAUUGAAGAAUCAUCUCACAUUAAAUUUACCGUUUUCGACGAUUAUAUCAUAAUCUUCAUUAAAGAUAUUAAGAAAGAGGAUGCAGGAACGUACAAUGUAACCGUUAAAAAUGAUAGCGGUAGUGCAUCAGGUAGCUUCAAUGUAUUUAUUACUGGACUUCCUGGACCACCAAAUGGUCCUCUUGAGAUUUCUGAUAUAAGCAAGCACACAUGUACUCUCAGAUGGAAACCUCCUAGUUACGAUGGGGGACUUCGCAUUACCCAUUACGUUAUUGAACGCAAGGACGUAACCCUGCCUCACUGGCUCGUUGUUUCUAGCACUUGCAAGGAUACCACUUGCACAGUGCAAGGUCUCACAGAAGGCCAAGAGUACCUAUUCCGCGUAAUGGCUGUGAAUGACAACGGCAUGGGACCACCCCUUGAUGGUCUCAAUCCCAUUAAAGCCAAAGCUCCAUUCGAUCCACCAUCCGCUCCAGGAACUCCAAAAGUUACUGAAGUUGGUGGUGACUUCGUCCAUCUUGAAUGGGACAAACCUGAAUCAGACGGAGGUGCCAGGAUCCAGGGUUACUGGAUUGAUAAACGUGAAGUUGGAAGCAGCGCAUGGCAAAGAGUUAAUGUUGCCAUUUGUCCUGCUAACCAAAUCAGCAUACCAAAUCUAAUCGAAGGAAGGCAGUACGAAUUCCGUGUCUAUGCCCAGAACAUAGCUGGUUUAUCCCCAGCGUCGACUGCAUCCACGUCAGUCACAAUUGUCGAUCCUUUGGCUGCCUCACCUCCUGAGAUCAUAAAACCAUUGAAGAACGCUCACUGCAUCCAACACCACAAUGCCAAAUUCGACUGUACCAUCACUGGUAUACCUAAUCCAGUAAUCACUUGGUAUAAGGGUGCGCGGGAAAUUGUUAACGGAUCCCGUUAUCACAUUUACAGUGAAGGGGAGGUUCAUCAUUUGGUGAUCAACGAUGUCUUCGGUGAAGACGCUGACGAAUACGUAUGCAGAGCAGUUAACAAAGGAGGUGUCAAGUCUACAAGAGCAGAACUUAUUAUCAUGACGGCCCCCAAACUGAACGUUCCUCCAAGAUUCCGUGACACUGCAUUCUUCGAUAAAGGAGAAAACGUUGUUAUUAAAAUUCCAUUCACUGGAAAUCCAAAACCAAGAAUUACAUGGGUCCGAGAGGGCGAAGUAAUAGAAUCUGGUGGUCACUAUCACGUUGAAGUAAAAGACAGGCAUGCAAUCCUAACAAUUAGGGACGGUAGUCGUCUUGACAGCGGUCCCUAUAGAAUAACUGCCGAAAAUGACCAGGGUCAAGAUUCUGCCAUUAUAAAGAUACAGAUUGCAGAUCGUCCCGAUCCUCCUAGAUUCCCAACUAUCGAAAGUAUCGGUACAGACUCAUUGGCUCUUUCAUGGAAGGCUCCUGUAUGGGACGGUGGAAGCAACAUCACUAAUUAUUUGGUAGAAAAACGAGAACAUCCGCUAUCAACUUGGAUUCGAGUAGGAAAUACUCGUUUUACAACCAUGGCUGUAGACGGACUUGCUCCAGGUCAUCAAUACGAAUUCAGAAUAUACGCCGAAAAUAUCUACGGACGUUCAGAUCCAUCGGAAGUUAGUCCACUAAUCACUACUAAAGAUACGGGUAAAAAGAAGGUUGAGAAACGGAAGUAUGAGGUUGACGAAACAGGAAAGAAAAUUAGAGAAUCCGCAAAAGAACCGAUUAAGGACUACGAUCAGUACGUUUUCGACAUUUACUCCAAAUAUGUUCCUCAACCAGUCGAAAUCAAAAGCAGAAGUGUAUAUGACGAUUAUGACAUUCUUGAAGAAAUUGGAACAGGAGCGUUCGGUGUAGUUCACAGAUGUAGAGAACGUAAAACAGGAAACAUCUUUGCCGCCAAAUUUAUUCCUGUAUCUCAUGCAAUGGAAAAGGAACUGAUUCGCAAAGAAAUUGAUAUUAUGAAUCAAUUACAUCAUCCUAAACUAAUCAAUCUCCAUGACGCCUUUGAAGACGAUGACGAAAUGGUCUUGAUUUAUGAAUUCUUAUCUGGAGGUGAACUCUUCGAAAGAAUAACAGCAGAAGGAUACCAAAUGUCCGAAGCUGAAGUAAUAAAUUAUAUGAGACAAAUUUGUGAAGGUAUCAAACACAUGCACGAAAGAAACAUAAUUCACUUGGACGUAAAACCAGAGAAUAUCAUGUGCCAAACCAAGAAGAGUACGAAUAUAAAAUUAAUAGAUUUCGGUUUAGCAACGAAACUGGAUCCCAACGAAGUUGUCAAAAUAUCAACAGGAACUGCAGAAUUUGCAGCACCUGAAAUAGUUGAACGUGAACCGGUGGGCUUCUACACAGACAUGUGGGCUGUUGGUGUACUUGCUUAUGUAUUGUUGAGUGGCUUGUCUCCGUUCGCUGGAGAAAAUGACAUUGAGACCCUGAAAAACGUAAAGAACUGCGACUGGGAAUUCGACGAGGAAGCUUUUGGAAACGUAUCCGAGGAAGGAAAAGACUUCAUCCGUAGACUAUUACUUAAAAACAAAGAGAAGAGAAUGACAGCACAGGAAUGUCUUCUCCACGCGUGGUUGAGCGGCGAUCACAGCAAUAGAACCGAAGAAAUUGAUCAGUCGAAAUACUACAAGAUGAGAGACAAAAUCCGUUCUAAAUACGAAAACUGGGAGAAAUAUGUACUACCAAUUGGCAGACUAUCCGAGUACUCGUCCCUCAGGAAGUUGCUGGUCGAAAAAUACCACAUACAUGAAACAUACUUCGAUCGAAGACAAGCAGCUCCAAGAUUUGUUAUCAAACCUCAAAACGCAUUCUGCUACGAAGGGCAGAGUGUGAAACUUUACUGUAGGGUCGUUGGUGUCGCAACACCUACAGUUACAUGGUACAGAAAUAACCAAGAACUCAGACAGAGCGUCAAGUUCAUGAAGCGAUACGUUGGUGACGAUUACUACUUCAUCAUAAACAGAGUAAGACUAGAAGAUAGAGGCGAAUACAUAAUAAGGGCAGAAAACCAUUACGGAGCAACAGAGGAGGUUGUGUUCCUUAACGUCCAACCUCUUCCAAAGGUCGUUCCCGAAUAUCAACCAGAGGCUCAACCGGUCAGAAGACGUCAACCUCUUCCUUACAAUCUGUGGCAGGAAGAAUCAGAAUGUGCUCCCAGUUUCACAUUCUUACUCCGUCCCCGCGUCAUGCAAGAACGUGACACUUGUAAAUUGUUGUGUUGUCUUAGCGGAAAACCCGUACCGACUGUGAAGUGGUACAAAGAUAAACGAGAAUUAAGCAAAUACGACUAUUCGAUGACCCACUCUGACGGAGUUGUUACCAUGGAAAUUUCUGGAUGCAGACCUGAAGAUUCCGGACGAUACACUUGCGUUGCAACUAACUGUCACGGUACAGAUGAAACCUCCUGCGUUGUCAUCGUCGAAGGAGUAACCAGUACUGCAGAACAAACUAGAAUUGCUGAAAAGAUUUUACAUUCUGGUGACCGCAAAUAUAUUGAGCAGCCCAUUAAGCCUGCUCCCGUCCCCGUGAUAAUAAAGAAAAAUAUUGUUUCCCAGCCACCAACGCGAUCAGGUGCUGCUGAAAGUAGUUUAAGUCAUUCCGCAUCUAAUCUAAGUGUCAACGAAGGUGAUAAGAGAUCAUCCAAGAAAUAUGGACGUCUAGAUUCCAGCGGAAGCCCGAGCAGAUCCAGAAAUUCCACCAAGGAAUUAGCCUUUCCUCCAGAUGACUCCACAAUGUGUCCUCCCAAGUUCACGAAAGAAUUGAAAGAUUUAACCAUAAAUGACGGCGAAUCAUUAACACUCAGUUGUAUAGUACAGGGUGACCCUGAACCGCAAGUAACCUGGACCAAAAAUAGCAAGACAUUAAGUUCGUCCGACAUAAUCGACCUUAAAUACAAAAACGGCAUUGCUACUCUUCAUAUUAAUGAGGUAUUCCCAGAAGACGAAGGGGAUUACACAUGUAAAGCCACAAAUUCAUUAGGAACCGUAGAAACCACAUGCCAUCUUACCAUAAAACCAAUGACGAAUGCAUCGCCCGCCAAAAGUAAAAAAGCUAGUGAAGAUAAGCCACCAAGAAUUGUAGAUCACCUUCAAUCAGCUUUCGUCAAGGACGGUGAACCAGUGACACUUUCCUGUCGUAUUAUAGGGGCUAAGAAAUUCGAUGUAGUUUGGCUACACAACAACAAAGAAAUCAAGCCUAGCAAAGACUUCCAAUACACCAACGAAGCGAACGUAUACAAGUUACAAAUAGCCGAAAUAUUCCCAGAAGAUUCUGGAGCUUAUACAUGCGAAGCUUUUAACGACGCAGGAGAGAGCUUCAGUAGCUGUACAUUAGUUGUCGUAGUACCCGGUGAACAACCCAAGAGCCCCGUGUUUAAAACAUUCCCGCUCUCCGCGACAGUUGCCGAGGGAGAGUCCGCAACCUUUACCGCCGAAAUGGAAGACGACCCUCUCCAAAUUCACUGGCUCAAAGAUGGUAAAUUGAUAAAAGAAAGCAGCGCGAAAUACGCGUUUACCGCAGACGGUAAACGUUACACAUUGCAAAUAGUUUCUUGUGACUCAAACGACAUAGGUCAAUAUCAAGCAAAGGCUAUUGGCAAAAAAGGAGAAACUUUCGUAGCCUUCUCAUUGAACGUUAUACCAGCAGGUGAAAUGUAAUCUCCAUAUGGUCAGUGAACGAACGACUUGCUCUGCAAGAACUUUUGUUUAUAGAUGUUUUUUGUAUAAAUUAUUUACGAUAAGUUGUUUAUUUCUGUUAUGUCAUAUAAA